AUGGGAUGUCUAUCUUCAAAAUUGGUGACAAGAUCACUGAGUUUGAGGGAAGAGCUGAACCAGAGUUUUCAGAGGACAGCAAAUGGCAUCUCUAGUAGUGGCGGCGACGGUGAUCACUUCCAUGCUCUAGUUUGCCCUGCCAGUCUACCACCCAAUCAACUCCUAUUUGACUGUUUCUCUUCAGAACCAAAUACAUCCCACAAACCAGAUGUUUUUGAGCUCAUAAGAUAUGAAUCCACCAAAAAAGGGAAAUUGACAACUAAUGCUGACAAAGAAGAGGAAGAACAAGUGGAACAUGCAGCUUCAUUGCUUCCUGAAGCUAAAGAAUCCACUGGUGCUGCUGUUCUAGCAAGACAGUCCAAGAGUUGUCAUUGGUCUGAAGAUGAGCACGAGAUGUUCUCUCUUGUUACAGUAAGAUACGAUGGGAACAAUAAGGGUAUUACACGUGCUAGGAGUACGUGCUUCCAUACAGUAGAGGAAUAUGACGCACUGGUUGAAAAACUCCGCUCAUCCAGGGCAAUGGCAGAUGCAGAGCAAAUCAGGUUUAGUAGCAUGGAAGAGAGUUCUUGGCAACUUCACCAUUUUAAGCAAUCACAGUCAGAGGAUGAAGCUCAAGUAGAAGAAAAGGGUGUCCUAUUUAGCUCAGGAACAGAAACCACAGUGGCUGGGACAAAAGAGGAACCACAUGUUGAAAAUGCUGAAACAAGCAUCUUUAAGGGGACAAAGAGAAAGGUGAUUGCAAAUGGGCUAGAGUCGCUAGAAAUCCCAACCACCCUUGAAUUUCCAAGAGUUGCAAGCCUUAGGGAAUGGGUACAUGUUGGAGGACAAGUUUAUUCUCCAGGAGCUUGUGUUACUCCAAAAUUUGGUAGCUAUGCUUUAUCAAUAUCGGAACCAGAAAACAAAUGCAUUCAGGGCACUAUCUUUGAUCCAGAAUUGGUGGCCGCCUUUGAUGAAUGCAUGGAACAGCUUGAAGAGGAAGAGGAAACAAUUCUCAAACAAAUUGAAGAUAGUUUCGGCAAGGACAAGCAAGAGGAAGAGGAAAUUCAAUUCCACACAAAAGAACAGUGCAUGGAUUUGGCUCCACACCAAAAUGCAAAUUAA